GUAGGAUGAUACAAAAAAUACUAAAUGAGGCGGUUUGAAUUAUUUUCAUGUUCCGCUUACGGUUACGAUUUUUGUAGGACCGUAGUCGGUUGAUUUCUGACUGAAAAUACAUUCCAUUUAGUUUUAAGAAUUUUGUACAAAUAAUGGAGGAAGUAGAUUAUGAUGCAAUUCGCGAGAAAAACAUUGCUGAAAAGAAUGCCAUUUUUCAAGAUUUUUUCAAAGAAUUGAAACAGGAGACGUCUAUGAUAAAGGAAAAGACUUCAGCUUUGAAUACUAGGAGACGUACAGAAGAUAAAGAAAAUAUUACAUCUCGUAAACGACGCCGUACGACUGAUGAGAAUUUUGCUAUAAAAGGUAUUCACCUAGAAGUCCGGCGGAGAUAUAAUACUCGUAGUAGAUUAAAGAAGCAUAAAGAGUCUCUGAAUGAACAAGAUUCCAAUGAUGAUGAGGAGUCCAGUAACGAUGGUCCUAAGCUUAAAGUAUUAUUCCCAUGGGCUAAGCCUUUUGAAAGAACUAUUGACCUUAUGAAAACUGAUGUAUUCAUUGACGAAGAGGAGGAGGAUCCAUUCGAUGAAUAUCCAUUAAAACGAAGAAAAGUUCUGCAGCAUGUAAAUAAGUCUGUAUAUGAUCCAAAUAAUAUACCUUCACCCGAUGAAAUUACUCAGGAAAUGCUGGAUAAUAUUGCUGAAAAGAGUUCUGGCAAAACGUAUAAUAAAGCUGAAGGCACCAGUUGCCAUCAGUGCAGACAGAAAACAAUUGAUACCAAAACUGUAUGUAGAUCAGGAGAAUGUAUUGGAGUUCGUGGACAAUUUUGUGGACCUUGCCUACGUGGAAGAUAUGGCGAAAGUGCUUUGGAGGCUUUGAAAGAUCCUGAUUGGGCAUGUCCGCCGUGUCGUGGAUUGUGCAACUGUAGUAUAUGUAGAACCAGAAAUGGACAGCGGCCCACUGGUAUUCUCGCACCAAUUGUACAAGAAGAAGGAUAUUCGUCUGUCAUGGAUUAUUUACAAGUCGUAGACAAUUAAGCACCUAUAUUACGAUCGAAUCUUUAAUAUUUCAAGUAUAUUUUUGUAGAACAGGCUUUUGCCAUUACCCUCUUGGAAUUAAUGAAAAAGCAGGACCUUAUAGGAUGAAUUAUUCAACAGGAAAUACCAUUUUUUGUGAUAAGUUUGAAACUUGAUAUAUCUUUUAUAACAGUCCCUUGUUCAUACUCGGGCAAAUUGUAAACAAUCAUUACUUGAAAUAAUAUUUUCGUUUGUAGUAUCUUUACAAGAAAACAUGAACAGUUAUAUAAACGAA